AUGACAAAAGCAGAGCAUGCUGCACCCUCUAACGCUUCCUCAGUUCUUCCCCAAAUGAGCCAGCACAUCCAACAGCACGAAUCAUCGUCUAAUGAGUCAUCACUGAAAGACCAACAUCCUAAAGACCACCAACAUAUCACCACUUCUUCCUCCGUCAAUGAACAAGCAGAAUUCGGCAACACACACUCCAACCACCAAAUUCCGAACCAAUCAUCAUCCAAUCAUGAUGAUGACACACCUGUCAAUCAUGUUCUUGAAAAUCAUACAACAACAAUCACCACCACAUCGUCAUCAUCAUCACUAUUACCAUCCGAGAAUCCAAUCACACAAAACUUGUCUCCUUCAACACCCAAUCGCGAUAAUGACAGAAACGUCAAUACUCAGGAAUUAUUAAUGUUGGAACAAAGUUUGAAUGGGAUGAAAAUUAAUUCUGAAAAUUCUGCAAAAGUUUUUCUACUUGCAAAGUCAUCAUCUUCAUCGACGUUGGAAGAUGGUACCACUUCUUCUUCCUCUCAUGUGGGAGAUAGUGAUGGCAAUGGCCAUAGGACCCAUCAGGAUGACCACAACAACCACAACACGAAUCACAACACUUCUAGUGAAAUGGAUGACCAACGUGUUUCCACUCCGAUAAAAGCAUCACAACAACAACAUGACAACAACAACCUCAACGACGACAAUUAUCCAGAUUAUAGUAUCACUUCAACAGGUCGAAGAAUUAGAGACUCUCUAAUUAUUUGCAAUGCACCGACUACCACGAGUACUGUCCUUCCGUUUUCAACCCUAAGUCUUGCCAUUAUUCAUGAUCAUCCUCCACAUUCCACUUCUCCAGCAAUUAGUAUUCAAUCGAGUCGAGUUCGAGACAGCAUUUCAAGCACUGGAAGUACGAGUGUACCAAGUGGAGGAAAUACAGCUAGGAGAGGAAAAACUGAUAAGAAUCAACAAGUUUCAAUUGUGACAUCCACUCAAGUGGUGGAAAAUGUGACACCAACCAUUUCUGCCUCUCAAUCCAAACAACAAGAGCUGAUUACAUUGUUGCAUCGUUUAAUUUCUGAACAUCAGAUUGACAAGUUGGAAAAGUUAUUGAGAGAGGAACAGCAAAAAGCUGUCACUAGUGGUAAUCUCAACAACCAAAUGGAUUCCACAUCUAAUCCAUCCAAUCACAGUAAUGAGACUACUACUGGUAGUAGCAGUUGUAUCAACGGCAGUAAUAACAAUGGAGAAACAAAUACCCCUCCGAGCAACAAUGAAAUUCCAUCAACUUUUACGUCACCCACAUCUUCAUGUCAUGUGGAGAGUGCCAUUUCCACAAGUAACAUCAACAACACUUCCAACAACAAGACAAAAAAUGACCAAAAUUCCGAACAAAUAGUUCCUUUCAAUGUCGAUGCAAAUUAUGUUUCCGAACAAACUGGACGAACCUUACUCAUGACUGCAGUGGCUCACGAAAACCUCAAAAUGAUUCGUCUACUCCACAAGGAAUUUAAUGCCAACUUAGAAUAUCGAGAUAAGAGAGGACGAAGUGCAAUUUUCUAUGCAUGCAACGUGAGUCCACAUCGAACAGCAACCAUUCUGCACUAUUUAAUUUCUGAAGGAGCUUGCGUGAAUAUUACAGAUCAUGAGGGCUACACUCCAUUCUAUUUGUGUAUGGACUCACAAAAUUUCCAGGCAGCGAGUGUGUUGUUUGAGCAUGGAAAGGCCAAUGUCAAUGUUCAAGUGGGAGUCGAUCGAAAUACCAUCAUUCACAUGGCCAUCAAGAAGGAUCUCAUUACGAGUGUUCAUUUUCUUGUGAGUCGUUGCAAGUGUGAUUUGACCAUUCCAAAUAUUUUUGGAGAAACACCCAUGUUCAUUGCGUUGCAUCAUCCGGCCAUUUUGAAUCAAAUUUUAAUGGACUUGAUGGAGAAAAAUCGAACAUGUUUGUCGUCUUGUGAGAAAUACGAUGUCACAGCUCACUACAAUUUGAGACCUCUAGAGUUUACGAAUGAGAAUAAUGACAAUUGUUUUCAUAUUUGUGCAGAGUUUGGAUUUAUUGACUCUCUUGGAGAGUUGCUAAGUGUACUUCCCGAUGAAGUAGUGAGACGACUCAGUUCCACACAAAAUAAGGAUGGAAAUACUCCACUUCAUGUGGCUGUGAAUCACAACCAACCAGAAAUUACCUUUGUUUUACUCUUCAUUAAUCCAGAUUGUAUUUUUAUUCAGAACAAUGAGUUGGACUCUCCUCUCCACAUUGCUCUCAAACAGGGACAUUUCCGUUGUGCUCGAAUUUUGUAUCCAUUGGCCAAAUAUCUCAAUUUGGAAAAUGGAGAAGGACAGUCCAUUCAAUAUCUUGUUCAAUUAUUUGGACAAGAACUUCGUCAACAAGAUGACACUCUCAAAAACUUGGUGGAAGGAGAAUUUUACAAACCAACUUCGUAUAACUUUGAGCAAUUGCUGCAAGACUUUUCUUUCAUUGGAAAGAUGAAAGAUUAUUUAACAACGAUCGGUCAACAAGACACUCUUUCCUUCUUUGAACACAUUAUGGAAUAUCAAUUAACUCCUACCAUUUCUGAAAGAUAUGAAUUGGCUGAAAAAAUUGUUUCAAAUUUCAUCGCUGAGAAUGCAACACACAAACUCAAAUUCAUCAAAUCGAAACGAGAGGAAUUCACUCAACAAUGGAAGGAGCAUUCAAAGAUCUUUUGUCCUGCCUAUCUCUUUGAAAAUUAUUUGGAUUUAGUGUUGGACGAGUUGAGACAAAAUUUGUUCCCUAAAUUCUGUUCAUCCAAACUUUUUAAAACAUGGGUUGAAAAUAAGAGAAAAAUAGAUCCAACCUUUUAUGUGAGAUUUAUGAAAAAGGAGACCCUUCAAUCCGAGCAAGAAAAAGAAGACUCUUCACAACUUAAUCUAUUUGAAGACAAUUUGGAAGAGAAUGCAGAGCAAGAUAAUACAAAGGAAAGGAAAACAUGUAGCAAGUGUGGAGAAGUGCUUGUUGAUUUCAAGGAUCCAUUAUUUAUGAAAUCAGAUUUUGAUAAAGCAUUGGAUCAAUCCAUGGAUUUCACAGGAUGGUCUCAAAUUGAAUCGGAUCCAACAACGCAGGGAAAGAUGUUUGUUAGUCCAAAGGGAGCUCAUAUUCACAUAGAAUCGAAGAAAAAGAUGACUGCUUUACGAUUUUGUGGACAAAUUGAUCACUCAAAUCACAAUGUGUUCAAUACAUGGAUGGACCCAGAGUAUCUCUACAUGAGAGAACCUAGUAUUUUGAGCUCGAAACAAAUUGAUUAUGUGACAGGGAGACAAUUUGCAUCUGCUAUUAUCCAUGACGUCUAUUCCAUGGCAUGGCCAAAUUCUAACCGAGAUUUCCUGACUUCUCAAUGCUGUACCUAUCGAGAGAACACGAGUACUUACAUUUUCCUACAAAAAUCUGUGACGAGUAAGAAAUGUCCUGAAACAUCCAAACAGGUCAGAGCCAAAAUGAAAUCAUUUUUCAUUGUUGAAAGAAUUAGUGAUACUCGUUCCAAAUACACGUAUCAAAUCGUGAGUGAUUUUGGAGGAUUUCUUGGAACUGAUUUUUUAGUGAACAUGUACAAGGAACGAGGAAAUCAAUUCCAUCUUCUUCUGAAUCGAACUGUCAAUGCAAGACAAACUCUUAAAAAAGAUAGACCCAUCAAUGGAGGAUUUGUAGAAAGUUUAGAAUUUUCACUGUCUCAUAUGGGAAAUAAUGAGUAG